AUGUCGAUGUCGCCCGCGUGCGCGUUGCCGUGGCCCGUACCACGGCAGGGCAAACAGCUCCUCCAUGCUCUCGAGCGAUCUGCCCGUGACCUCUGGCAGGAAGUACCAGCCGAAAAUGAGGCCAAUCAGACACACGCCGGCGAAAAAGUAGAACGCUCCGUAGUUGGUCAUGGCGAGCAGCAUCGAGGGCACGGCCUUGGAGUUGCCGUACUGGUUGGCAAAGUGGAACGCCAUCACGACGGCAGUUCCGAGCGACCUCACGCGCAGCGGCAGCACCUCGGAGUUGAACAGGUACUGCACCGAGUUCCAGCCCAUGGUCCAGCCGAUUCCGUUGAAGUAGAUCGAGGCGAGCGCGCCCUUGCCGGCGCGCACCUGCGACGCAGUGAGCACCACGUCGUCCUCGGCGGCCUGCGGCACGAUCGUCAUGUAGAUGGCAAAGUAGAGCGACGAGAUGAGCUGGAUCGUGAUGCCUGCGUAGAGCGAUUUUUUUCUGCCGAUGAAGUCGAUCAGGAAGAACGCACUGAGGUAGGCCGACGUGAACUUGACCACGCCGAGGAACGCCGUCAUCAUCAUUCUGUCUGUCUGCUUGGACUUGCCCACCAUGGCGAACAGCUCGGGAGCGUAGAUCGUGAUGGCGUUCGAGCCGCUCCACUGGCCCAGGAUCUGGAUCAUGAUGCACAGCGCCAUUCUGAUGCGGAUGCUUUUCACGGUGACGAGCGACUUGACGUUGGUCCAGAGCGACGUGCCGCGGAUCGCCUCGCGCUCGACCUGCAGCUGCUCGUUGAUGUCGGCGAUCUCCGACAGAAUGUACGGGUGGUCUGGCUCGAGGUGUCUGAGCUUGCUGAAGUUGAUGAGGGCCUGCUCCAUGUUGCCCUUCUUGAUGAGCCAUCUGGGCGACUCGAUGCAGAAGAACAUCGAGAGAAUGAGGAUGGACCCGGCAAGCACGAUUUUCAGCGACGUAGGGUAGAUCCACUGGUUGCGGCCGGUCUGGUGCAGCGCGGUGCCGUAGUUGGCGAAAUACGCCGUCAUGAUACCGAAAUACACCGCCCCGGCAAAGAUGUUGUUGCACGUUCCUCUGAUCGCCUUUGGCGCGCACUCGGAGAUGUAGCAGGGCCCGCACACGACGGUCGUGCCGAUGCAGAAGCCCUCGAUCAGCCGGCCAGCAUACAGCUGGCCAAUGGAGUGGCUCGUGAUCUGGAUGAUGGCGGCCAUGGCCCACACAAAGCAGCCCACUUGCAACGUUCUGAUUCUGCCCAGCGCCUCGGCAGCGUAGAUGGACACAAUGGAGCCGCCGAUCGAGCCCAGCUGGACCAUCGACGUGAUGUUGGACUUGAGGUUGGCCAGCUCAGACGCCGUCUUGGUCGGGUCCUUGAGCCCAAACUCCUUGAUGAACGCGGUCUGGGCAACGGUUCCGGCGAUAUUGCCCUCGUCGUAACCCCUGGCGCAGCCAAGAAUUCCAAACACAAAGAUAGAGAGAUACAGGGUUCUGUUGUAUAUUUGCGGAGGGGCGUCGUCCUUGUUGAGGGAGAAUUUGGAGGACCACCAGCGUUUUGA